UAACGACUCAAAGAAAUGAGAGAUCCCAACAGUCUCUUCUUAUUCUUCGCCGGCGAAAUCUUCAAUCAAUUCACGACGGAGAGAAUGGGAGCGGAAGCAAACGGCUCAUCGUCAUCUCUCAACUUCCUAAUCUACGGCCGUACAGGCUGGAUCGGCGGUAUUCUCGGCAAGCUCUGCGCAGCUCAGGGAAUCCCUUACACUUACGGCUCAGGCCGUCUCGAGGAUCGCCGUUCCCUCGUCGCCGAUCUUGAUUCCGUCAAGCCGAGCCAUGUGUUCAACGCCGCGGGAGUCACCGGACGACCGAACGUAGACUGGUGCGAGUCCCACAAGGUGGAGACCAUCCGUACGAACGUCGUCGGAACUCUGACUCUAGCCGACGUUUGCAAGGAGAGAGGCCUCGUGCUGAUCAACUACGCCACGGGUUGUAUAUUCGAGUACGACUCGGGUCAUCCUCUCGGGUCGGGUCUCGGGUUUAAGGAAGAGGACACCCCUAACUUCACCGGUUCAUUCUACUCCAAGACAAAGGCUAUGGUUGAGGAACUGCUCAAGAACUAUGAGAACGUAUGCACGCUCCGUGUAAGGAUGCCUAUCUCGUCGGAUCUCUCAAACCCGAGAAACUUCAUCACCAAGAUAACUCGGUAUGAGAAAGUUGUGGACAUCCCAAACUCGAUGACGAUUCUCGAUGAGCUUCUCCCUAUCUCACUCGAGAUGGCAAAGAGGAACCUAACGGGGAUAUGGAACUUUACUAAUCCGGGGGUGGUGAGCCACAAUGAGAUACUAGAGAUGUACAGAGAGUUUGUUGAUCCGAGUUUCACUUGGAAGAACUUCACGUUGGAAGAACAGGCGAAAGUGAUUGUAGCUCCGAGGAGUAAUAAUGAGCUUGAUGCCACUAAGUUGAAAACAGAGUUUCCGGAGAUGUUGUCUAUAAAGGAAUCUCUUGUCAAGUUUGUGUUCGAACCAAACAAGAAGACAGAGAUCAAAGGUUGAUAAUGGAAUCGGGUCUUGAAACAAGAUUCCAACUGAGAAGCUUUUCAAAAUCGAAUAAAUGGGUCUAAAUUUUUUUGGAAGGGUUUAUAGUGAAAGUUGUUUUUGUGUACUUGUUGAUUUAUGUUUUGGUUUGUAAUCCAUCUGUUGUCAAUGUGCUCUGUUAAUCUGUUAUGUUAUUCUUAACUCUUUUUUUUCUUGCAAAUUUUGUAUU